AUGUUACCCACAACUAUUCUAUAUCUUUUUAUUCUUUUUCAUUCGUUUUAUUGCCAACUUCUCGAGAAAUCCCGUAGUGUAUGGGUUGAGCAAGGUCUUGUACGCGGCAAAAUUUAUAAUAUCGAUGGACGUCACAUCCAAAUAUUCCGAGGAAUUCCCUAUGCAGAGCCGCCAAUUGGUGAUCUUCGAUUUCGAAAACCCGUAAAAAAGGCCAGAUGGCAUCAAGAACUAUCAGCUGUUGAUUAUGGUCCACCAUGCUUGCAAUUCAUGGAAUUCCAUAAGAAUGAUAAGUUCGCUGGAAAGAAUAUGCUCAGAGAAUCGGAGGAUUGUCUCUAUUUGAAUGUUUUCAGCCCUUACGAUAAUGAGGAUGAAGCUAAGCUGUUUCCCAUCAUUGUUUGGAUUCAUGGCGGCUCUUUUCUUGCAGGUUCAGCAGACACUGGAAUUGAUAUGGAAGUUGUUGCUCGGAAUUUAGUAUUCAAAGGCGUCACUUUGGUGACGAUCAACUAUCGUCUGGGACCAUUAGGAUUCAUUAAUAUCAAUGAUGGUCAAAAGAUCGAAGGCAAUUACGGCAUUUGGGAUAUGGUAAUGGCUUUACAAUGGAUUCAAGCUAAUAUCAAACAGUUCAACGGUGAUCCAUCCCGAGUGACGGUGAUGGGUGAGAGUGCAGGAGCAGCUGCUGCCAGUUUAUUAGCAUUAAGUCCGCGAACAGAAGGGCUGAUACAUCAAGCUAUCAUCUUGAGUGGAUCUUCACUUGCUGGCUGGGCUAUCCAUCGUCAUGGGAAUCCAAGUUGGAGUGUUGAAAACAUAGCAGCAUAUUUGAGAUGUGAGAAAACAAUAAGUGAUGAGGAUGCUGACGAGAUAGUUGGUGAAGAGUAUACUUCGGAUGAGAUAAAAAGUAAAAAAUGCAACUACCAGGAUCAGAAGAUUCCCUGCUUGACGCCGGAUUUGUCCGUCAAUCAACAACUUGAUUGCUUGAGAAAAGAACUGAACUUAUCCUCAACUUUACUCCGCAAAGCACUAUCAAUUGAGUUGGGAGUUUCGAAAAUGAUUGUUGAUGGUGAUUUAGUCCCUACCUCAGGACCAGCCUUGACUCAAUAUGCUCGCAUACCAAUCCUGACAGGUGUAGCCAGGAAGGAAUGGGCUCACAAAAAACCUCAAUUCUAUAAUUUGCAUAGAAAAACGGAUAUGACAGCUGAAGAAUCGGCAGAGAGUGUUUUCAGAAUUGUUGAAGGCUCGUUCCAUUGCACCUCCAGUCAGAAGUUAACGAAUGCAACGUUGCAUCUGAUAGCAAAUGCUUCUUUCGUGCGGUACAUCGAUGAUCCUACAAACACUUUUGCUACUAGCAGGGUUGUGUCAGCUUUACAAGAAAUGGAGGCUGAUAUAGAGUUUGUAGCUCCAUGCCAACGAGAGGUGGAUGGGUAUGCAGAGAACAAUGUAACUGUUUACGCUUACUCAUUCGAUUAUAUUCCCGAAAGUCCAAUUUAUGAAGAAGAAAAGAAGGUUGUUGGGAUGUUCGGCAAAGAACCCAUCAUCAUACUAAGGAAAGACAUGGACUUUGAAGAUAGGAAACUGGAGGCUUUCCAUGGACUAGAUCAUGCAUUCAUCUUCUCCAAAGGAUACAGCAGUAACUUCGAGAUCAGACCAUACACUAAGAGGGAUGAGGCUAUGUCGAAGAUAUUGACCAAUAUGUUGACGAACUUUGUGAAGACCGGAAAUCCAUCAACGACCAGGUUUGACUGGCCAGCUUUCACAUUGAAUUCAUCCAAACAUGCUUGUAUCAAUAACCCACCUAAAUUAAUGAAUGGACAGAUUCAUUGGCCAAACCCCAAAUUCUGGAACAUUGAAGCCGAGUUGAUAUCCAAAUAUGUUCCGAAGGACAUGGAAGCAGCUGUUGAUCCGGAUGCGGAACUGAGCAAUGAAGAAAGAGUUCAGUUAUCAGCCUAUCGUCGAGCAUGGUGGGCUCUGUGGAUCUUAGUUGUAUUCUUAGCCAUCAUCAUAUGGGGAAUUAUAAUCUACUGUAUAAUCAAGAACGGUUCAACAAGCUCCAACAAUAAAUAUGAUAAUAUAGUAUUGACUCGUUAA